GAAUCGUCCCAACCCACCCUCUUCUCUGCGACUCCUCUUUCCGGUUUGGGCGACGGGAUUUUUGUCUGGGAUCGCGAUGACGAUGAUUUGGGGCGAGGGGAUUCGGUUCUUGAUUCGGCGAGAUUCGGGGAGCGGAAGCGGAUGCGGAAUCCUGGGGAUUUGGUUGGUUCUUUCUGUGGGUUUUGGGGGCGGUUUAUGCAGAGACGGCCUCUUCUUUGAUCCGCGCGUGUUCUUGGUUCUUGGGUGGCUUUCAUUUUCUGUGGCGAGUUUCUACAGGGGUUUGGGCUUCCUGGCAUUCUUUUGGAAGCUUUCCAAGGGCAAUUUCAGUUUUUGCCACCGAGUGGCAUGCUGUCAGUGACUGGCAAAACGUGCCACAACAUGCCACUCAGUGUCAAAAGAUGAAAUUGCCCUUCUUCCAAGGAUCGGGGGAUUGAUUCCGCUUCUUUUUGAGUUUCUUGGUUUGCUCAAUCGAAUGUUUCUUUGGUGUUCUACUCUUCUCGAGUUUAGUUACUGCAUGUGUGCUUUAUGCUUUAAUCUCACUGUUUGCUAUGUUUUGGUCUCUGUUCUUGCCAAAUUGUAUUGCUCCAGAGUUUUUGCCAAAUUGGUCUCUGUUCUUGAGUUCAUUUGGCACGUGUGCUGUAACAUCUCAGUAGACGAUCAUGUGUGAUUCUCUCUGUUUGUUCUGUUUCUGGUGACUGUCUGUUUCUAUUUAAGGCCGACCUGCUAAUUAUUUAAUUAGUGUUCCGUUCUUUGAUGGCCACUUUCUUCUUUCUUUUGUUUGGUUAAAGAUUUUGAUGUAUCUUGGGCUGUAAAACAUUUUUCCCCUUCUUUCAAUCCAAGAAUAUCUGAGGCAAAGAACUUUGCUAAUAAUGGUGGUGAGCUCUUUGUAAGCUCUUGCGUUCAUCUGUUAAUUGGGAAUUAUAAACUAUGACAACGAUGUUGCCCCCAAUUCACGGGCCUUGUGAGAGGCUGGCAGCGCUUGACAUCAGUAUCAGAGAUUCCUGGAGUGAUGAGGAACUUGUGAGAUUCUUGGCGGGGAGGAAAGCCGAGGACCCCCUUCCGCAAGACGUACUUGCGGGUUUGGACUUUUCUGUUGUUGAUCCACGGGGUUUCACUGCAGACAUAUGGUACUUGAACUGGUCAGAUGAUCAGCAGCCUUAUGACAGUGCUGAAAACAGUAUCAGAAAGGCAAAAAAUGGAUACUGGAAACCUUUGGAUUCGUCCAGAAUACCAACAAGUACAGCUAUCAUUGGUGUCAAAAUUGUUUUAGAGUUUUAUGAAGGUCAAGCACCAUGUGGUAAGAGAACUGGGUGGGUGAUGCAUGAAUAUCAGGUAGAACAGAAUGAUGAUGCUAAUCUACCACAGGAUUACAAGUCUUUGUGUAAAGUAUUCCAGCAGUGUGACAAAAAGAUAAAUGUUGAAAGUGGACAAAAUUCUCUGAAUGCAGAUGCUCCUAAUGAUAGCUUGGAAUCUUACCUUCAAUAUCUUUCCAAAAUAGAGGAGCCAAAGACUGUAGCUGCAAACGACCAGGAUAUAUUUUCUAGCGAAGGACAGCAUGAGCAAAAAGCUCAGAGUGCUGCAGAUGAUAUUGAUGUUCAUGAUGUUAUUGCUACUGGGGACUACAUAGAGCUGAAUGACCUACUAAACUUUUCUAGCAAAGGACAGCAUGAGCAAAAAACUCAGAGUGCUGCAGAUGAUAUUGCUGUUCAUGAUGUUAUUGCUACUGAGGACUACAUAGAGCUGAAUGACCUACUAAUCUCUUCUAGCAAAGGACAACACGAGCAAAAGACUCAGAGGGCAGAAGAUGAUAUUGAUGUUCAUGAUGCUAUUGCUACUGGGGACUACAUAGAGUUGAAUGACCUACUGAGCUCAGAGGCCUCUGCAUCAACUUCAGAAAACUCAAGCAAGCGGUCUAUGAUCUCUGAAGAGUACUUCGAUUCUGAUGCAUUCCUGAGGGAGAUUUUGAAUGGCAGUAACACAACUGAUGAACAAGAUCAAGACCGAAAGUUUAGCAUAGCUGCACCUACUAAAUCGGCUAAUGUUGUUAUCAGUCCGUCAGAACAAGGGUUAGUUCAGAUCCGUGAUAACAAUGCCACAGUGGCUGGAACUUCACCGCAAAAGCCAGUGCCAGGAGGUGACAGAGAUCAACAUUCAAGCAAGGGGUUUCAGGAGCACGGCCCUUCUCUAUCUUCCUGUUUCCCAAGCAGUCAUGUGAAACGAGGCCGUUCCAGUAGUUCUAGUAGCUCACAGAGCAGCAUGUCUCAGAGAGAGCGAUCUAGCAGUAAAUUUGGAAAGAUAGGAAAGAAGUACUGCUGCUUUGGAUCAUUCUAGUCCAGUGCAUAGCGUUUGCUCUAUUUUUUGUACAGGAUGGAACAUAGGGAGGUCAGUUUUCCUCUUCCACACUUUAGGCGUAUGAUACUACGCAAUGUUAUAGUAACACUGGCUUAUUGACACGACAAAUAGUUGCUGGAUGUUGUGACAAACUGAGUCAAAGAAGCUGAUAUUUAGUAUUAAAUUACAGGGAACAGCACGUCACGUGCUGUGGAAAACUUUCCAUCUUUUAAUCAUGUACUGAGUGUGGUGUUUAAUUUGACAGAUGAUUUGAAAAUAUCAUUUUUGGUCAAUAGUUGUUUGAUUGAUUCUCAUUUUAGUGCUGUGGAAAGAGAUCAGUAGCAUCUUUUUUUCUCUUUUGAUGGAAAUUAGUAAUGGCUUCUCAUUUGUAAAUAUCUCUAGUGCAAUUUGUAUGAUACAAUUUUACCUUGUAGUAACAGUAAGUGACAUAUUUUCUUA